GUGGGAUUACUGCUAGCACCGGAGCCUAUUAUCACAUUAUCUUCACUAGUGGAACCUGUGUUGCGUGUCAAUAAUGAGUACAGUCGUACACUGUGUAUUGUAGCAGUGCCUGAGAGUAAUGGUGAGGACUGAUAAAUUGUGGAGUGUAGCAGUGCCUGAGAGUAAUGGUGAGGACUGAUAAAUUGUGGAGUGUAGCAGUGCCUGAGAGUAAUGGUGAGGACUGAUAAAUUGUGGAGUGUAGCAGUGCCUGAGAGUAAUGGUGAGGACUGAUAAAUUGUGGAGUGUAGCAGUGCCUGAGUGAUAGUGAGAACUGGUACACUGUGGAGCGUUGCAGUGUCUAUCAUCAACGUUGAGUACUUUUACACUGGAAUACUGUGCAGUGUAGCAUGCCUAGGUGGAUCCCGACAUGGACCGCGGUGGUGCGCGAAGUGACAACUCCUAUUCUCAAGUGUUUAAAUUCUCAAGAACUGUCGUGUAUUUGAGUACAUUAUAUCAGUCCAUGGGAAUCAUAUAUGUGUGUGGCAAGUGAGAAACGUUGGACACGGAUCUCUGUCAAGAUAAUAAAUUGACAGUGAAGUAACGGUUGCCACACAACUGGUAGAUACAGCCGUGGCGCAACUCUUGGUUAUACAAGUGGUGAAAUAAGCAAGAAAUUAUCUUGAUAAUUUAUUGAUGGCAAUACGAAGAUAUCCUCAGCAACACGGGGAGUGGAUAAAGUAAUUGCACAGGUGCCUCGCCGGGUACAGAGACAUGGGAUCAAAAUAAUGGAAGGUGUUGUGUGUGGUGCUUGUUGCCAGCGUGACGACGUGGGCCCAGCCUCAGCGGCCUCGCCAGACACCCUUAGCCAUGGGGAUGCGCUUCCUAGGAAACCUACGUAAUGGUAUGACGAGGACCAUCCAGGGCAUCUUCGGCAGUGGACCUAGGAGGGGCAAAGAGACCCCCAGUGAACGGCCAGCGAUCUCACAGAAGCCCCAGCAGCUGAACUUCUUGCCUCCAGUUUCAGAUAAUCACUUUCCAACUGCCACAAAAGACCACUUUCCACCCGCCCCAGAGAACAGCUUUUCACCAUUAACGGAGAGCCGCUUUCCACCAGCCACGGAGAACCAUUUGCCACCUGCAGUGGAGAAACCUAGCUUAACAGGAACAGAAAUUCCAUCGUCAUUUUUCACAGUUUUUCAUGAAUCGGUGGUCUCUACGGCCUUUCCGGAUACACAGGGUUUCACAGACGAAAGCUUCAAGCCCAACAACUUUCUGACUGGAACCACACCUUUCCAGGGAACUAUAGACGAAGACCAGCUGCCCUUCAUCCCCACGCAUAGUGACAAGCACCCGCAAGCCCUUCCCUUAGUGCAGAACCAGCUUGCUUCGCCUCCUCAGGACUCCUCCCCGCACAGCUUCUCCAGUACUGGAUUCACAGAUUUUGGCAGCCCCAAGCCUGGAGACACUCUCACAGACACUUCCAUUCCAUUUGGAAACACGGCUACGUUUAACCUGGGAAACGCGUUCAAGAGCAGUCGCUCACAAGAUUCAUUUCCACAGACCAUUCACUCAUUCCAUUUCCUUGAUUCCCCGGAGAACAAGGAGGUUUUUGGACAAGCGCUCCACCAAGCCGACGAGCACAUUAGCCCUCAGCCGUUUGCCAGAAACAGUCAGCCAUCCCAUCACCCGAACAAUCACAACAAUCCUCAGCAGUUCACCAGGUCCAUAGAGCCCUCCAACCUAUCAGAGUUCAGUCAUACAAAUCAGGAAAGGACAACGCUCUCUGAGGAUCAUCCUACAGUCAUCAUACGAUCUCAGUCUCCAUCACCAACUCAUGUCCCCACCCAGAGUUUCAAUGAGCAGCAGAAGCGUCGAUCCACAACUCAGCUUCAGUCCAGACUAUCCACACCUACCCUCAUUCCGGCUACCUUGGAAUUUAAGAAGCAGGCCAGGGAUAACCAGCAGCCCAACAAGAAAUCAGUGGUGCCUGUGAAGAUUAACAACGGACACAUUAACACCGGAACCAAGAUCCAAGUCACCCCCAAAGAAAAUGACGAUGGUACUGAGGGCGAAGAGGUGAGCGGCUAUGAAUUCGGAUACGGGGUCCUGGACAACGAUACCGGCAACCAAUUCUUCCACGCGGAGAAGCGGGAGGAGGGCCAGACGAGGGGCUCGUACAAGAUCCAGCUACCUGACGGCCGAGUACAAACAGUAACCUACGUAGCCAACAGCCAGGGAUUUCACCCCAAAGUGACUUUCGACGGUGAAGCGCACUUCCCCGACAAAACUUCAACGACGCCUGCUUAAGAUCUCAAUGUCGAAGCUCAUUGAACAGGAGACCAAGAAAACCUGUCAUGGAGACCUUCAGAGAAACAAGACGAACAUCACCAACGUAAAGUUCGUGUCUAUAUACACUUUGCACUGGAAGACUCGAACUUUCGACUCCACGAACGUGAGACAAAAGUUCACCAUUGUGGCGUCCUGAAGAGGACUCUUCAAGACAGUCUCCCAGAUGUCUUGUCUCCCCUGUGAUCUCUAACACUUGAUACACCGCCUCGGUGCUCCUACGGCUCAUUUUCUCUUUUGCAGAAAUAUAUUGUACUAGGCAUCGUCCAUUGUUGUAAAUAUUUUGUUCAUAUCAAGUUUUCCGUCGCAGGCGAUAGGAGUGUUUCAGUGUUUGUUGUUUUAUAAUAAAUAUUUAGAAACAAUU